CCCUCCAUCAAUCAACAAUCCUUCCUUCCUCCCUUGACUGAUAAAUAAAUUCCAGCUUUAUUUCUUCUUUUAUUUCACAAUCAAUCAAUCAUUAACAUCUCUCACACUAUAUAUAUCUAUAUCUAUAUCUAUAUAUUAUAAAAAAACCACUACAAAGAAUAAUUGAUUUAGUUAACUAGUGAGACCAAUAAAAAAAUGGCGAGAGUAAUAACGGUGUCACAAGAUGGAACAGGAAACCACCGGACAUUACAAGAAGCAGUGGACACUGUUCCCUUUUCCAACACGUGUCGCACCGUGAUUCGUUUGUCACCAGGGAUAUACAAACAGCCUCUGUAUAUACCCAAGACCAAAAACCUUAUCACCAUUGCUGGGUUGUCCCCUGAAGUUACUGUUGUUACUUGGAACAAUACUGCCACCAAAAUUGAUCAUCAUCAGCCAGCACGACUUAUUGGGACUGGAACAUUUGGAUGUGGUACUACCAUUGUUGAAGGGGAGGACUUCAUUGCUGAAAAUAUCACAUUUGAAAACUCUGCCCCUGAGGGCUCUGGGCAGGCUGUGGCUAUGAGAGUAACAGCUGAUCGUUGUGCUUUCUACAAUUGCAGAUUUCUUGGUUGGCAGGAUACCCUUUAUCUGCAUUAUGGGAAGCAAUAUUUGAAAGAUUGUUAUAUCGAGGGUAGUGUGGAUUUCAUUUUCGGAAAUAGCACUGCUUUGCUGGAACAUUGUCACAUACAUUGUAAAUCAGGUGGUUACAUCACAGCCCAAAGUCGAAAAUCUUCUCAAGAGACAACUGGCUAUGUAUUUUUAAGGUGUGUCAUAACAGGUAAUGGAGGGACACAAUACGCAUAUCUAGGGCGGCCAUGGGGACCUUUUGGAAGGGUGGUUUUUGCAUACACUUACAUGGAUGCAUGUAUUAAGCAUCAUGGUUGGAAUAACUGGGGAAAAGCCGAGAACGAGAGAUCUGCUUGCUUUUAUGAGUACAGAUGUUUUGGUCCAGGGAGUUGCCAGGAUCAACGUGUAACAUGGGCGAGAGAACUAGUUGAUGAAGAAGCCAACCAAUUCCUAAUGCAUACUUUCAUUGACCCAAACCCUGAUAGACCUUGGCUAGCACAAAGAAUGGCUCUUCGGGUACCUUUUUCCGCGUAGCAUACACACUUACUAGCAUAAGCAAAGUUGCAUGUUGCUUUACAUUUACUUAUGGAUUAAUUACCAAUAGUCAAAAGGAAGUUUAGUCAUUCAUCCGUUGAUGAAUAACUAAGAUGGUUAAGCAGUUUGACAGCUAUUUGUCCGAAAAUUAGCAGCUCACAAAACAUCCCGAGGGUGGAUUACUUAUGUCCUAUGUUGGAACCUUUGCACUUAUGGCUUCACAUGUAAGAUUUUCUUACAGUUUUUAUAAUAAUCAUUACUUCAGAGAGUGAAGACGAGUUUUGUCAAACUGGUAUAGCUGUUAAACUGGUGAAUGACAUAUGGUGUAUUAGUCUUGUCUUUUUUAUUGGUGAUUAACCUUAUACUUGUUGUAAAAGGAUUGGGACUUCAAACUUUAUACUCUAUAGUGUAUUUUCUUGGAAGGAGAUAAACGGUAUGUAUUUUGUUGCAUCUUUUGUAAACGUCAAGAUGAUUCUUGUUUACACACCAUUGUAUUUGAGAAUUAUAGUAAGAUGUUGCAAUGUGGUAUACCUAUUGCUUACGGUAAA